AUGGUGGUGGCCAUGGAAGGGUUGGCCAUGGAGGCCAGGAGAAUGCUGGUGGCCAUGGACGAGAACGGCCACACCCUGUCAGACGAGGACAUCGCGGCUGAGGCUGACACCUUCAUGUUUCAGGGUCAUGACACCACGGCCAGUGGCCUGGCAUGGCUCUUCUACAACCUGGCUGGCCACCCUGAGCACCAGGAGCGAUGCCGCCAGGAGGUCCAGGAGCUCCUGGCUGGCCGGGACACUGCGGACAUUGAAUGGGAGGACCUGUCCCAGCUGCCCUUCACCACCAUGUGCAUCAAGAACAGCCUGCGGCUGCACCCUCCUGUCAUUGCUGUGUCCCAGUGCUGCACUGAGGACAUCCCCCUGCGUGAUGGCCGUGUCACCCCAAGGGUAUGGCAUGGCCAAGGGGUCAUCUGCCCGAUGAGCGUCUACGGGACCCACCACAACCCAGACCUCUGGCCUGAGCCUGAGGUGUUCAACCCUCUGAGGUUCAGCCCAGAGAACACCAAGGGACAGUGCCUGUUGUCCAUCAUCCCCUUCUCUACUGGCCCCAGGAACUGCAUCGGGCAGAGCUUUGCCAUGGCUGAGAUGAAGGUGGCAGUGGCACUGACACUGUCCCGGUUUGUGCUGCGGAGGGACACGGCGAGGCCACCCCCGCGCCGCAAGCCCGAGCUGAUCCUGCAUGCUGAGGAUGGGCUCUGGCUGCUGCUGGAACCACUGUCAAUCACCAUUUGGCUGUGA